AUGAGUAAACAGAGCAAAGUCAGCAGCAAUGGAUCAUUCCGAUCCAUUUUCAUGCAUGCCGACGCUGCCGACAUGUUUCUGAUGGCUCUUGGUUUCUUAGGUGCCGUCGGCGAUGGAAUUGUGGUGCCGACGACGCUUUAUAUCACCAGCACCAUCAUGAACAACAUCGGCGACUCCCCUUCUUUUUCCCCUCAUGUCUUAGCUGACGAAAUCAACAAGAAUGCAGUAUAUCUUUGUUUCAUGGCUAUCGGAAAAUGGAUAGCAUGUUUUCUUGAGGGGUAUUGCUGGGCAAGAACAGCAGAGAGGCAAGCAUCAAGAUUGAGGUCGGAUUAUUUGAAAGCGGUUUUAAGGCAAGAAGUGGCGUAUUUCGACUUGAAUGUUACAAGCACAGCUGAAAUCAUUACAAGUGUUUCCAAUGAUAGUCUCGUAAUUCAAGAAGUCAUCAGCGAAAAGGUGCCAAUGUUUGUGAUGUAUGUGUCGCUUUUUGCUGGAGCUUAUGUUGUGGCUUUUAUGAUGCUAUGGAGGCUAGCGAUUGUUGCGCUUCCAUUUGUUAUUGUUUUAGUUAUACCUGGUUUGAUUUAUGGAAGGGUUCUGAUGAGGUUAUCAAGAAAGAUCAGGGAGGAGUAUAAUAAGGCUGGUGUGGUGGCAGAACAAGCGAUAUCUUCCGUGAGGACUGUUUAUUCAUUUGUGGGUGAAAAUAAGACGAUAACAGAGUACUCUGAUGCUCUUGAAGGAAGUGUGAAGUUGGGAUUAAAGCAGGGAUUGGCUAAAGGAAUAGCGAUUGGCAGCAAUGGUGUGUCUUAUGCAAUCUGGUCUUUCUUGUGUUGGUAUGGUAGUAGGAUGGUGAUGUACCAUGGCGCAAGAGGAGGAACCGUGUUUGCUGUCGGAGCUCUCAUCACCCUUGGUGGAAUAUCAUUAGGUUCUGGAUUAUCGGACUUGAGGUACUUCACGGAUGCAAUGGUUGCUAGUGAGCGUAUAAGAGAAGUGAUCAAAAGAGUUCCAGAAAUUGAUUCAUACAACAUGGAAGGAGAGAUAUUACAACAAGUCUCUGGAGAAGUGGAAUUCAAGAACAUAAAGUUUGCGUACCCAUCAAGGCCGGAAUCGGUGAUAUUCAAAGACUUCAACUUAAAAGUUCCAGCAGGGAAGGCGGUGGCGUUGGUAGGUGGGAGUGGAUCUGGUAAAUCCACUGUGAUUGCAUUGUUGCAGAGGUUUUAUGAUCCUCAAGGUGGAGAGAUUUGUGUAGAUGGGGUGAGAAUUGACAAGCUCCAACUAAAAUGGCUAAGAUCACAAAUGGGGUUGGUGAGCCAGGAGCCUGCUUUAUUUGCGACAUCCAUUAAAGAUAACAUACUUUUUGGCAAAGAAGAUGCCACCAUGGAAGAAGUCAUUGAAGCUUCCAAAGCUGCAAAUGCUCAUAACUUCAUCUCUCAGUUGCCUCAUACCUAUGACACCCAGGUGGGUGAAAGAGGAAUUCAGAUGUCGGGUGGGCAAAAGCAAAGAAUUGCAAUUGCCCGUGCAAUAAUCAAGUCACCUCGUAUCCUUCUGUUGGACGAGGCCACAAGCGCACUCGACUCAGAAUCAGAACGAGUAGUUCAGGAUGCUCUUGACCGUGUUUCUGUUAGUCGAACAACCAUCGUCAUAGCUCAUCGUCUUUCCACAAUCAAAAACGCGAACAUUAUAGUAGUGGUCCAAAAUGGCCAGGUAGUCGAGUCUGGCUCCCAUGAUCACCUCAUUCAACUUGAAAACGGGUUCUACAAAUCCCUAAUUCGUCUCCAAGAAACUAAACAAAAUGAUGAACCCUAUAAUCCUUGCCCACCUGGACCUUUAUCAGUCUCUUCAACAUACGAUGUCCAUAAAACCAACGACAUGGUUAGCCUUUUGAGUUCUGCAAAUACAGCCAACCACGGUGGAGUAAACAACUUAAGCUCACAGGUUAACAAAGUAUUUCCCGUGCCAUCCUUCAAGAGACUAUUAGCAAUGAACAUGCCUGAAUAUAGGCAAGCACUGUGUGGAAGCAUGGCUGCAAUUCUAUUUGGUGCAGUUCAGCCAGUUUAUUCUUUCGGAUUAGGGUCGAUGAUUUCGGUAUACUUCUUGGUCGAUCAUGAUGAGAUGAAGCACAAAACGAUGAUUUAUUCACUGUGUUUUGCUGGUCUGGCAAUUUUCACGAUGGUUAUCAACAUCAUUCAACAUUAUAGUUUUGCAACCAUGGGUGAGUACUUGACGAAGAGGGUUCGGGAAAAGAUGUUGUCAAAGAUACUCUCCUUUGAAAUCGGGUGGUUCGAUCAGGAUGAAAAUGCAACAGGAGCCAUAUGUUCGAGGCUUGCUAAAGAUGCCAGUGUGGUGAGAUCUUUGGUGGGUGAUCGAUGCGCACUUUUGAUUCAGACGUCCUCUGCUGUGACGGUUGCUUUCACAUUGGGUUUGGUGAUCUCGUGGAGACUAGCAUUAGUUAUGAUUGCUGUUCAACCGAUUGUAAUUAUGUGCUUCUAUAGCAAAAGAGUUUUGUUAAAGAACAUGUCACAAAUAGCCACGAAAGCACAAGAAGAAAGCAGCAAGCUUGCAGCCGAAGCUGUCUCGAAUCUACGUAGUGUCACUGCCUUUUCAUCACAAACACGAAUCCUCAAAAUGCUCCAAGAGACCCAAAAAGCACCAAUACACGAAAGCAUCAGGCAAGCUUGGUAUGCUGGAUUUGGGCUUGCCUUUUCUCAAAGCCUUAUGCCAUGUAUGUGGGCUCUAGACUUUUGGUACGCUGGGAUAUUAAUUUGUGAUGGUCAACUUGGUGCCAAAGCACUUUUCCAGACAUAUAUUAUCUUGGUAAACACCGGCAAGGUGAUUGCGGAUGCCGGGACCAUGACAAAUGAUUUAGCCAAAGGGACUGAUGCGGUGCAGUCUGUGUUUGCGGUUUUGGACCGUCACACCUUGAUAGAGCCUGAAGAUCUUGAUGGUGAGAUGCCUAAGAUCAUUACAGGCUCCAUAGAGAUACGUGAUGUGGACUUUGCAUAUCCUUCUCGGCCUGACAUCAUGAUCCUUACAGGAUUCUCAAUUGAUAUUGAAGCCGGGAAAUCAACUGCAUUGGUGGGACAAAGUGGGUCCGGGAAAUCGACCGUUAUCGGGCUUAUUGAGCGUUUUUACGACCCAAUGAAAGGAGUUGUGAAAAUCGAUGGAAGAGAUAUAAGGUCGUACCAUUUAAGAAGUUUGAGGAAAUAUAUCGCACUUGUGAGCCAAGAGCCUGCGUUAUUCGCUGGUACUAUUCGUGAAAACAUCAUAUACGGGGCUUCUGGGGAAAUUAGUGAAUCGGAAGUCAUUGAGGCUGCUAAAGCAGCCAAUGCUCAUGAUUUCAUAGCGGUUCUGAAAGACGGAUAUGACACACAGUGCGGUGACCGAGGGGUACAACUCUCUGGAGGACAAAAACAACGUGUUGCUAUAGCCCGUGCCAUAUUGAAAAACCCAAUAAUUUUGUUACUAGACGAAGCUACGAGUGCAUUAGAUAGUCAAUCAGAGAAAGUAGUGCAAGAUGCAUUAGAGCAAAUGAUGGUGGGGAGGACUAGUGUGGUGGUGGCCCACCGGUUGAGUACCAUACAAAGUUGCAACACCAUCGCGGUUUUGGAGAAAGGGAAGGUGGUCGAGAAAGGUAAUCAUAGUUCAUUGUUAGCGAAAGGGCCAACUGGAGCUUACUAUUCGUUAGUUGGUCUUCAAAAGCCUAAUUCUGCUAAUCGUAUGACUAACUAAAACUAAGUGUGAACUAGGAAACUUCAAGCUCCUGCUUGGAAGAUUGCAACUAUUGAAGUAAAACAAUUUUGACGUGUUUUGUGACAUUUGAGGAUGUUAUAUACUUGUUAGAAAGGUUUGAAAUGCAGAUCAUUAGUAAGGUCGAAAUAAAAAUAGUUGAUGUAUAUGUAACUCAAAAUACGCCAAAUAAUCCUACUUGAUCGUUUUACCAUAUGAAUGUUUUGAAAUCCAUAUGACUUCAAUA